AUAUGGCUUUUUGCAUGUUCAUCCCUAAUGCUAUGCAGCCACGCAGCUAUUUGCCCAUACCUUGUCACCUUCUCUUUCUCCCCACUUAAAGCCACUCGGCCCCUAUAUAUCUAUGCCACCCCUUUUGUUCCAUCAUCGCUCAACUUCAUGCUCUCUCUUUCCCACAUCGAGACCUAAAACCAAUAUUCCUUUCUUCUUCCCUAUUCAUUCUGAAAUAUGAGCACCGCUUGUGCUGAGCAACAACUCAAGUUCCUGGCUUCUAACAAUGUGCUGCCCAUGAAAGAUAUCGAGAUUCCUCCGAGGAAACUCCUCCUUCCACACAAUCAUACCGCCAUGCAACUUUCUCCCUAUGAGGCUGCAAUCGAGAAGUAUCUUCUUUCCAACAAGAAUGUCGAUGAAGAUGAAGAAAAUGACGGUGAUCCCUAUGCUGCUGACCAUUUCCGCAUGUAUGAGUUCAAGGUGAGGAGAUGCACUAGGAGCAGGAGCCACGAUUGGACUGACUGCCCCUUCGCUCAUCCCGGAGAGAAGGCUCGCCGCCGCGAUCCUCUUCGUUACCGUUACUCCUCCACCGUCUGCUCCGACUUCCGUCGCGAAGACGGAUGUCCUCGUGGGGAUGAUUGUGAUUUCGCGCAUGGGGUGUUCGAGUGCUGGCUACACCCUACCCGCUACAGAACUGAGGCUUGUAAGGAUGGCAAUAACUGCAAGCGCAAGGUUUGCUUUUUCGCUCACUCUUCUCGCGAGCUACGUCUCUUGCCAGCUGAGGGAUCUCCAAAGUACAAGAAAUCAGCCUCUUGCAGCUCUUCCCCGUUGAGCGGGAAUAACCAUUGCUGCUUGUUUUGCCACUCUGCUACUUCCUCUCCCACUAGCACGCUCAUGGGUUGGUCUCAUUUAUCGAGAUCGCCAUCUUUGUCACCGCCAUUGUCUCCUGUGAAGCAGCGGACAUCUUUAAAUGGGUUUUCACCCAUCUCUAGGUACAGUGAUCGCUUGAGUAAGCUUGGAACCGAAACGACGAGUUACCAGCAGCAAGUGCUUAACGAGCUGAUGAGCUCUUUGGAGAACAUGAAUUUCUGUGAAGCCUCUUCACCUAUUGCCGCAGGCGGGAACAACAACUCGACUACAGCAGACUUUCCCUGGUCUUCCCCUUUCACCGGAGAACAUUUUGGUGCAACCUCGAAGUCUUUCGGUGGUGAUGAGAGGAGCAAUGAAAACGUCGUGGGCUGUGAUUCUGAUCCCGAUCUUGGGUGGGUGAAUGAACUGUUGAUGUAGAUAGGAGGAUGAAGACGAACAACAACAGGAGAGAAUUGCAUGUGUGAAUACAGUGAU